AUGGUCGUCCCGAAGGGACAGGAGUACCAGGCCCCUCAGGAGGUUGAAACAAGAGAAGAUGAGGAGCAAAACAUCAAGUUGACUGAAAUUUUGGAACUCUUGGUGGCUGCUGGGUAUUUUCGCGCAAGAAUCAAGGGGUUAUCACCCUUUGACAAGGUGGUAGGCGGCAUGACGUGGUGUAUCACUACUUGCAACUUUGAUAUCGAUGUUGAUUUAUUGUUUCAGGAAAACUCUACUAUUGGUCAAAAAAUUGCCUUAACUGAAAAAAUUGUGUCAGUAUUACCCAAAAUGAAGUGCCCUCAUCGUUUGGAACCACAUCAGAUCCAGGGACUGGAUUUCAUUCAUAUAUUUCCUGUUGUACAGUGGCUGGUGAAACGUGCAAUAGAAACAAGGGAAGAAAUGGGAGACUAUAUCCGUUCCUACUCUAUAUCGCAGUUUCAAAAAACUCAUAGACUGCCAGAGGAUGAAGAAUUUAUGCAAAGAAAAGAGAAGGCUAUCAAAACUGUUACUGACAUCUUUGAAGUUUACAAACCCCAGAGAAAAUACAAACGUCAGAAGGGAGCUGAAGAACUGCUAGAUGAGGAAUCAAAAGUUCAUUCUACACUUCUGGAAUAUGGCAGGAGAUACGGAUUUAGCAGACAAGCAGGAAAAGCAGAACAGGCUGAAGAUAAAAAAAUUGUGCUACCUCCAGGGCUUGCAGGAGCAGGGAAAGCUGAGCCUUGUGAUGAAGAUGACCUUCAGGCUGCUGAAGAGCUUCGCAUUAAAACUUUGAUGACUGGCAUGGCUGCAAUGGCAACAGAAGAGGGCAAGUUGACAGCAAGCACAGUUGGCCAGAUUGUUGGACUCCAGUCAGAUGAGAUCAAGCAAAUAGUGUCAGAAUAUGCUGAAAAGCAAUCUGAGCUUUCUGCAGAGGAGCGACCAGAAAGGCUUGGAGCUGCCCAACAACACAGAAGGAAGGUGGCAUCUCUGAAUAAGCAGAUCUUGCAAAAAACCAAGCUCUUGGAAGAGUUGCAAGCUAAAUGUACAGAUCUGCAGGCAAAAUGUACCGAAGCAAAAAAGACGUUAACUGAGGUUAAGAGUUACAGUGAAAAGCUGGACAAGGAAUUGGCAGCCUUAGAAACAAUAGAAUCCCAAGCAGAUUCUAGCGUAUUACAGAGUCUGCGAGCAUUGGUGGCCAUGAAUGAAAACCUAAAAAGCCAGGAGCAAGAGUUCAAAGCACAUUGUAGGGAAGAAAUGGAGAGACUUCAGCAAAAUAUUGAGAAUUUGAAAGCUGAGGCAGCAGAAAAUGGAGAGGAACAGGAGCCAAAUAAGGUUAUAGAACAGCAGUACAAAGCUGAGAAAGAAAAACUUCAAAAGAUCCGGCUGCUAUUGGCACGAAGAAACAGAGAAAUAGCCAUUUUGCAACGCAAGAUUGAUGAAGUACCCAGCCGAGCUGAGCUAACACAGUAUCAGAAGAGAUUUAUUGAACUUUACAGUCAGGUCUCAGCAACUCACAAAGAAACGAAGCAGUUCUUUACUCUUUAUAAUACACUGGAUGAUAAGAAAGUAUAUUUGGAAAAGGAGGUUAACUUACUGAAUUCUAUUCAUGACAACUUUCAUCAAGCAAUGGCAUCUUCUGGUUCUCGUGAGCAGUUCUUACGGCAGAUGGAGCAGAUUGUAGAAGGCAUCAAACAGAAUCGGAUGAAGAUGGAAAAGAAGAAGCAGGAAAACAAAAUGCGACGAGACCAGUUGAAUGAUGAAUACCUGGAACUUCUAGAGAAACAGAGGCUUUACUUUAAAACAGUGAAAGAAUUCAAAGAGGAAUGCCGUAAGAAUGAAAUGCUGCAGUCCAAGCUGAAUGCUAGUUCUUCCUGAAGGAGCUCCAGCUGGAGAAGUUUAUAGAUUGU